UUCCUUUGGAUACUCCCAAGGGGCUCGAAACAGGACAGAGAACAUCCCAUAAUGGUCUACUGAUGGCCCAGCCUUUUAUUGGGAAAGCAUUCAUGGAAUGAGAUCUCACACCCUUCAAGUCUUUGUCAUUCUCUUUCUAAUAUUUCUUCCCAUUCUCUGUUUUGAAACCUUGUUUCUUUUUCAGGGAAAGGAUCAUUUUGCAGAAAUGGACCUGGAUUCCUGUGAGGCAGAGAGGCCUCCGUUGGACACCAGAGAGAGGCCACUGGCUAAGGAGGAAGAUGACAGAAUGAUGCCGGCACGACCUCCUGAUCCAUCUAUUCAUGGGGGCAUAAGGGAAGCAGCAGCUGUGGAACCAGAUCAGGGUCCAGUGUGCUUUGAAGAUGUCGCUGUGCGUUUCACGGACGAGGAGUGGGCGUUGCUGGAUCCUGACCAGAGAGCUCUGCAUGAGGAGGUCAUGGAGGAGAAUCGUGGGAUCGUGGCCUCUCUUGGUAAGGCUCCCUGAGGGAUCGUCAUAUCUGCCUGGAAAUUAAAAAAAUACUUCUAUGUGAUCAACCUCAUAUUUUUCACAGAGCUCAACAGCGCCCCCUAUAACACCUGGGAACCUAACACCCCCCACAAUAAACAAUAAAUUACAGUUCUUUCAUUGAACAAUCUUCCUCAAAUUAUUCCUUUUUCUACCACGAUUGGGCUGCUCUGAACUGCCCAGGCCAUCUUAAAUGUCAGGUUCAGAAUUGUUAGGAAAGAUAAGUAGCUUUAGGUUUUCUGUUUUUGUUUCUGCUCCUGUCAGUCUUGGGUUCACCAAAGAGACGACUGACAUUGGAGAUGGAGGGGAUGCCAUGACUGGGCCAAACAAAAUUCAUCCCAGAGAAGAGCUAGGCUUAUUGAAUCUCUGGUGGUAGUAACAGUAAUGAAUAAUAAUAAUAAUAAUACAGUGGUAACUCUGUUUACCAACUUGAUCUUUUCCAGAACAGGGCUGUUCUUAAAUUGA